ACUCCUUGGUAUUCCUUUCUCUAUGGCAAAUACGCCAUAUUAUUUAUGAAACGGAACCUGUUUCUUGAUGCAUACAAAUUGCGCGUUGUGUUGUGUAAAACUGUGUUAAUUAUAUAGUAUUAUGGGUCUGUCAAAAUUUCGUGGACGAGCGAUGGAUGUUCCAAAUGGGUUUAUAAGAUCGCCUGGACUUAGACAACCGAUGAAGCAUUCUCUACAGUUUGGACCCCGUGGAAUGCGACCUAGGUUUCCGAUGCCACCGCCGGGCAUGAUGUCGCAGCCACCAGUUUUCCGACCACCCGGAUUUUUACCACCUCCGGUUCAUGCUGGUAUACCCUAUCGUCCACCUUUCCCACCCCCGUUUUCUCCUCCACCUUUUUCUCCUCCCCCGUACAUGCCACCUAUGCCUCCAAUGGCUCCUGCAUUUAGGGGGAGACCGGGUCAGGGUGGUUUUGUUCGUAUGCCUGCCCGAGGAGGUAAAAGAGGAGCUUUUUCUCAAAGAGGCGGAAGAGGACGAAUGAAAGUAAAGAAAACAAACUUAAAUACUGGGAUUGAAGUGGAGGCAGAGGAUGACAAGCCGUGGAUAUCCGAGGCUAUUAAAACUGAGAUUGUGAAGAUGAAGGAGUUGCUGGAGGCGGCCAAGAAGAGCAACUCGGAGGCUGAUUGGCAGAAGUACAGGGAGCACAAGGAAAAGGUCUCUGUGAUAGUCAAUGAGGCGAAGCUCGAGUUCAUCGGCAGUCAUCCGGAGGAGGCGAGGGCGCACUACUGCGAGACCUGCGACCGGGACCUGAAGGACGCGGAGCGGCUGGCCUUGCACCUGGCGGAGCACACGGUGUGCGGUCGCGACGGCUGCACCUUCCAGGCGCACCCCAAGGUUGUGGACAACCACGUCCGCAUGCAGCACCGCACGGGGCUCUACAGGAGGAUCUGCGUGGCGGACAGCCCCGAGGACAUCGCCAAGUGGAUCCAGGAGAGGAAGAAUCGAUUCCCUACGAAAGAAAACAUAGCAAGGCGGGAAGCAGAAAGAAGAGAACAGAUGAACAGAGGAGAACGCCUACAACAAGAGCCAGAGAGCUUCACUUCGUAUGCAAGGGGUCGGAAUAUGAGGCGGCCUGGUCGAGGGAUGCAGUUCAGGGGGCGUGGCCAGCCCUGGAGGUUCAGGCCGAGGCCGGGACCGGGACCGGAAGAUGGCUGUCGGGGCUCGGAGAUGGAGGGCUGGAAGGCACAAGUGGCGGAGGAGGAAAAGGCCAUGAGGAGGGGUCGCCUCGUCCCGUUCCCGGGAACAGGUGCAUUUCCAGACGAUGGUGAGGAUCAAGACACUGGGCCUCGGGAGGAAGGAUUUAGCGAUACGGAGUGGGAGGGUUCACAUAGUGCCUUGACUCAGGUGAAACCUCUAGUGGCCAGCAAAGUUCUGAUGUCGCUGAUAGGCGCCUACGCCUCGGAUCAGUCCGACGACGAAGGUGGCGGUAGAGGUGGAGCAAGGCGAGCACCACCUAGCGUCCCGCCCACCGCUGGCGUCGGCCACAGCGACACCGUUCCUGCCGCGAGUCAGGCUCCCGAGGGGACAGGCGCGCCGGAGGACAGUGACAGCGCGCCGGAGGAAGCUCCAAUCGUGUUCGAAAAGCACCAAGACCGGCCCGUGCUGCCUGCCACGGACGGGAAAGCCUCGACCGCGCCGCCUGCCGCUGGCGAGAAGGAACCGCCCGCGCAGCCUUCCACGGACGGAAAAGAAUCGCCUGUACCGCCGCCUGCCGCUGACGAACCCCCUCACUCUCGCAGGAGGCAAAGGCACAGGGGAAGAGCGGCGAGGUGGAAAGAUGGGAAAGACGCGCCAGAAGCAGUCGGUGAUGAGAAGCCUCGGCGACCUGUUCCCGCGAGGCCGUGGUAUCCGCCACGAAGAAGGCCAACUCUUCUGGACAAGCUUCUUAAAGAAGAAAUACGACAUGAGAGGAAUGUGAUACUUCAGUGUGUCAACCAUGUGGUGAAGAACAGUUUUUUUGAUGGACAUUCAGCUUCAAAUGCUGCAGACCUAGCAACAUGCAGUUCUCCAGACAAAAGAGUUCAGCUUCUAAUAAAAUGUAUUAGUCACGUAGUACAUAGUGGCUUGCUCAACAUGGAUGAUUCUGCCAACAUUGAUAAGGGAAUUGUUACCAGCUCAUGAUGUAAACUUUUUUUUUUGUAGACUAUACCUUUAUAAACUUUGUUAUUCCAUUUUACCUAUUAAAAUGAUUUAUUAAAAAGUUA